AUGAAAUGGUGUUCAAAGCAAAACCACAAUACAAGUUAUCGUGGUAAUACGAAAUUUAAAGCACUUUGAUAUAAUAAGUGUAGUGUAGCGGGUACAUGAAGACAGUCAAAGAUAUGAUGAAAGUACAAUAUCUAUAUGUGCCUACCGGUCCGCACUAUCAGUAACCUAUUAAAACCAAAACAGAAAUGAAAGUGAUAACAACAAAUAUUACUUCUUACUGAUGCCCGUUCGCUUGCUUCUGGUCGAUGAUGCAGUUUCCUUACUCAUACCCGGCUUAGGCAUAUCGUCAGACGAGAUCUUGUUUAACUCAUUAAGUGAAGAGAUACGAUGUCGCUUCCCAUCGCCGGUGAUUACAAAAACGAAACCCAAUUUGGUGAAGCACUUGUUGACACCAUAUUUUUCACGUGCAGCCAUAAAAGCGUCGUGCCGAGACUUCGUAAGAAAUUCGGAAAUAGUUACACCUGAACCUUUUAAAACAGUUUUAGAAAACCAAAUCUUACUGCGCACCUCUUGAUCUCGGAGUUUUAGUAAGACUGGUCGAGGACGAUCAGUAGUAGUGGUCUUGCGUCCCAUACGAUGGCAGCGGCUGAUGUCAUCUUUGGUGAACCCACUGAUCUUCAUACGCUCUGUAACUGCUUUCACAAGAACAGCUACUGUGUCCUCAUUAGACUCCUCCGGUAAACCAUGUAAAAGCAACAUCUUUCUUCUGCUGUGCAUUUCAAUGUUGUCAGUUUGUUGCAUCAGAAGGUUGAUCUGUUCCUGGAGACUUUGUAGCGCUGUCAUAAUAUAGCUUCUAAAUGUGGAGAAUUCACCGUUGAGGUUAGAGAUGGUGGUAGAAGGUGCUGAGGCUUGAAGGUCACUCUGAUACUUAUCCAUUCUAUCCAUGAACAUCUUUUGAAGCUGGUUCAUUGAAUUUUGGAUGGCGUCCAUUUUGCAGUAAUAAAGUAGUGGAAUGUACACGAGUGUAACAGUAAUAUAAUGUGGAUUUAAGUAAGGAUAACACUCGUCAGCAGGAUUUCCUUGCUGCGCUUACUUGGACAGUUGGUGCAUUCGUCGCAACACCGGAUAUGUGGAUAGCCGCCAAGCCAAGAUGUGGUGAUUUUAUUCGAAGAUAAUUAAGUUUUAGUGUUGGAACAGUGACUGACCAUAGACAAUUAGUGCUAGUUAUUGGUGCGCGAUUGAAAGGAGGACUUCGAGGUGGACCAAAAUGCUAUUGUUUAAGAUUGCGCCAGUUUUCCUUUUGGCAUUCGCCGUGGGAGCCGAGAAGAAGAUCGAGUUACAGGACAUCGAGGAAGACAAUCUUAAAAGCGAGAAAGAAAAGGAUUUUGAUAAAUCCGAACCUCGUUCUGAAUCCGGACAGAGUUCUGGCCUUCCUUUGGAAUUUUUGAAGAACGGCCUUCUCAGAUACUUUGAAUCUCCUACACACGGCCAGCAGCCGCAGCAACCGCGAUAUGUACAACAGUACGCAGUCACUGAACCCCCAGAACGACCUACAGUGUCAACUGAAAAAGGACACUAUCCAUCGACUGGUCAGCAGGCGAUGGUCGGUUACUUGUCAAACGUACCCAUGCAGAUAUAUCUAGUCCCUCAGUAUUACAACGAGCAGCCGGAACAAGCUGUUAACGCACAACCUGGAGUGCAGUACACAGCUCCUAGUAUGCCUCGAGUGGCGUACCCUACAGCACCUGAAGCAGUACAAACACAAACGAAUUAUAUAGAAGUGCCAGCAUACGUGACGCCGACUGGGAAGGCAUACGUACAGCAAUACUCUUCACCUGUCGCAUACGUAAGCUAUACGCCUCCGCCGACCGUUGCUCCCACGCAGGCUACGGUAACCGCACCUGUGCUUGCCUAUCCAGUACCAGUUGUUCAAUACCCGACGGCAAUCGUUGCACCUCCAGUCGUACCUAAAGGUUAUUACCAUAACUCACAGUAUGAAAACAAUGCUGUAGAGGAAACAAGGGAUAACGAUGAAGAACAGAAACAUUACGUCACUCAAACUGACGCCCCCUAUACGAAAUCUCCGGAAUACCCUAGAUAUUACUCAUCGAGAGCACCUAUUAGAGAUGAAUAUAGACAUAGUUCUAUAUCUGAGCUUCCUCCACCGAGCCCUUUGUUAUUGAAAGGCCCACCGCCUCAUUUGUCUCAUAUACCUAAAGCUCUUCCGAUGUAUCGUCCCCUAUCGAAACCAGUGUACGCUAGCGCAGCAGGCCUUAUCCAAAACGCUUACACCCCACGACCGAGCGACGCUUAUGGGGUGCCAUACAAACGACGUCCUAACUCGUUGCUGGAAUCAUACAUUCCUUCUAGCUUACAGUUUGAAUAUUUAAAAAGAGGUUAUAAUAAAGAUCCGUUAGCUUUGUACGAAGCGUUAUCAAGCGGUAGGCAUCAUUCUCCAGUGGCGCCGAGGCAUUACGAAAGAGGAUUCCUUCCAAACCAGAUGUAUCAUACCGCAGCAGGAGGAGUUACUUAUGGUCACUACAAAAGAACCCCUAAAAUUGAUAAAGCAUCGAAAUAAAUCAAAACAAAAUAUGAUUUAGAGGCUACGCAUUUAUGAUAGUGUGCUAAUAAGUUCAUACUAUAAUAAGGACUAAAUUUCGAUAAGGCUCAAGUUAUGUUCUAAAAAAUCUUUCACGUAUGGUCAGUAUUUUAUUAAAAGUAGGUAAGUGUUAUUUAUGAUAAAUAAAUUGU